AUGGCAAGCAAACCAUAUCAUAUCCUAGUCGUCGUGGACAGUACUGCUUUCGCAUUAAAUGGCAAGAGUGUUUCCUACCGCUUCCAUGUGGACGACAGCACUGGCGACCUGCUCUCGGAUCAUUUUGGGGGCAGUGUCACUGGAGCUAUACCAACAGAUCCAACUCCGAUUGUAAAUGGUUGGAUUGGGAUGUCAGGUCGCAUCCGCCGCGAGUUCCCUGAUCAAGGAAGGGGGGACUUCCGUAGCCCCGCGAUUCGGAUCCGCCAGUCUCAUAUCAUAUCAGCCUUGCAAUACGAUUCUCAUACAGUAGUGAAAGGCAAACCUGCCUUACCUGGGCUGCCAUUUACUUUCGGCGAUGAAUGUGAUGUCACCACCAUCGUGAUACACCUCUUCGACAAAUACAGCGCUGUAGCUGCAGACUUGAUGUACUCGGUUUUCCCCAAGUACGAUGCUAUUGUGCGCAGCGUUUCUGUCACAAAUAAGGGCACGGGGAGUAUUGUAAUCGAGGACUUAGCUAGUCUUAGUGUUGACUUCCCUUUUGAGGAUUUUGAUAUGAUCUACCUAAGCGGUGAGUGGGCGAGAGAGACGCAUAGGCGGAGGCGAAGGAUUGACUACGGGAUACAGGGGUUUCGAAGCAGCAGUGGCUUUUCAUCUCAUUCGCACAAUCCAUUCCUCGCGCUCACACAUCCCUCCACCACCGAGUCGCAGGGUGAGGCAUGGGGCUUCUCACUCAUCUACACUGGUUCAUUUGCUGUCAACGUCGAGAAGUGUCCUCAGGGCUUGACGCGCGUCCAACUAGGCUUGGAUAGUCACCAGCUAUCUUGGACAUUAGGUCCCAACGAGACCCUUACUUCUCCCGAGUGUGUCUCGGUAUACUCUAAGGACGGUCUCGGGGGUAUAUCACGCUCCCUACACGGCCUAUACCGCAAUCACCUCAUUCGGAGUAAAUUUGGGACAGAUAACCGGCCUGUGCUUCUCAACAGUUGGGAAGCGCUAUAUUUCAACAUUAACAGUCAUGAUGUCUACCGUAUAGCAGAGGAAUCGGCUUCCUUAGGCGUGAAACUGUUUGUGUUAGAUGAUGGGUGGUUUGGAAAGGAGUAUCCGCGCAUCAAUGAUACAGCUGGUCUGGGUGACUGGAUUCCGAAUCCUGCACGGUUUCCUAACGGCCUAGCCCCCUUGGUGAAAGAUAUCACAGCUCUGGAAUCAGUCCAGUCGUCUACCAACCUUCGCUUCGGAAUCUGGAUCGAACCGGAAAUGGUCAACACGAAGUCAAGCCUAUACCAUGACCACCCUGAAUGGGCACUACAUGCAGACCCAUAUCCACGCACAGAACAGCGGAACCAGCUGAUUCUUAACCUUGCCCUACCUGAAGUUCAAGAUUUCAUUAUCAAAUCAGUCUCGGGGAUACUUCGCAGUGCGAAUAUUACCUACGUGAAGUGGGAUCAUAACAGAUGUAUGCACGAGACGCCCUCUCCCACUAUUCACCACGCAUACAUGCUUGGCCUAUACCGAGUUUUUGAAACAUUGACAACACGUUUUCCUGAUGUCCUUUGGGAAGGAUGUGCGUCUGGUGGCGGGAGAUUUGAUCCCGGUAUUAUGCAGUACUUUCCGCAAAUCUGGACUUCAGACAACACCGACGCGGUGGCACGCAUCUUUAUCCAGUUUGGUACCUCACUUGCAUACCCAGCAAGCUCCAUGUGCGGCCAUAUUUCUGCUGUCCCAAACCAUCAAACAGGGCGUACCGUCCCACUGGCCUUCCGCGCCCACGUUGCUAUGAUGUGCGGUUCUUUCGGUCUGGAACUUGACCCUGGGGAGAUACCACCAGAAGAAAAGGCUGCGAUACCUGAUCUUAUUGUGUUAGCGGAAAAGGUCAAUCCAAUCGUGCUGGCGGGCGAUAUGUGGCGACUCAGUCUACCAGAGGAGUCAAAUUGCCCGGCAGUGCUAUUCAUUUUGGGGAAUCAGGCGGUGCUAUUUUUGUACCAGCUUGACUUGAAGGUGAACCACGCCCUGCCACGGGUGAAGUUGCAGGGUUUGGGUCCUCAGGAUUUGUACUUCGUUGACGGGGAGGGACCUUACUCUGGCGCAAUGUUGAUGAGUCUGGGGUUGCAGUAUUCCUUCGGCGCAGAUUAUGGAAGCAAGGUCGUGUUCCUGGAGAAGGUGUUCUCUGGAUUGCUGAACCUUGGUGGGUGA